AUGCACUGCCUGCGCUCUUACUUCGUUUCUGCGCUUGCUUUCUCUCUCUUUGGUUUUGACAGCGAUGCGGCAAGCAUCACUGCACGACAAUCAACGAAUAUAACCUCAAUCACGAGCUCCAUAUAUAAUACGCGCUUCGCAAACGUGACCUGGGACAACGCCGAAUGGCAAGUCCGCACUACUAAUCUAGACCAAGGCCAUUACCAGUCGCGAAUGAGCAUUGCUAAUGGCUACUUGGGCAUCAAUGUCGCAGCAGCCGGCCCCUUCUUCGAAAUCGACCUUCCAGUAGCUGGGGACAACAUCAACGGAUGGCCUCUCUUCAGCGAAAGACAGACUUUCGCUACCAUCGCCGGCUUUUUCGAUGAGCAGCCUACCACGAAUGGGACCAACUUCGAAUGGCUCAAUCAAUAUGGAGGAGAAAGCGUCAUCAGCGGAGUGCCUCAUUGGGGUGGUAUAGUUGUGGAUCUUGGUGCGGGCGUAUACCUCGAUGCGACUGUGGACAACAGCACCGUCUCCAACUUCAGCUCCACACUCAAUGCGAAGGAAGGUGUUUCGACAUGGUCGUAUACCUGGAAUCCCGCCAACUCGAGCGGCUUGUCAUUUAACAUAACCUACACCAUGUUCGCUCAUAAGCUGUACGUCAACCAGGGAUUUGUGCAACUGGAAAUUCAGCCCUCAGCAGAUACAAACGUUUCCAUCGUCAAUGUUCUCGACGGGACAAGCGCCGUUCGCACAAACUUCACCAGCAGUGGCAUGGAGGGAACGCAGAUAUACUCUGCGGUGACACCAUACAAUGUUCCCAACGUGACCGCAUAUAUAUACGCUACUAUGGAAGGCUCAGCUGAAGUUGACGCUGCUUCACUAGCAAUAGUGACCGACAAGCUUUACAUAGGAGUCAACCAGUCGAGCAUCGCGCAGGCAGCAAAUGCUGCUCUGAAAGCAGGUCAAACAACGACCGUAACGAAGUAUGUUGGUGGAGCGACCUCAGAUGGGUUUCUGGACCCCCAGAGGACCGCUCAAGGUGCCUGCAUGCAAGCUAUGGAGACAGGUUUCAACAAGUCUUUAGCCAUUCAUAUGGGAGAAUGGGCUAUUGUGCUCACAUCAGACUCUGUCGACAACUACGCUUUCCCUGAGAACGGUACCCUGCCAAACGAUACAUAUAUCAUUGAGUCCGCUAUCACUGCUGUGCUCAACAAUUACUAUCUGUUACAAAACACAAUAAGCGCAAAUGCCCUGUCAAAUGCUAGUAACGCGCCAAUUGACACUUGGAGUAUCAGCGUUGGAGGCUUGACUUCGGAUUCAUAUGCAGGCGUCGUCUUCUGGGAUGCUGAAAUCUGGAUGCAGCCGGGUCUCGCGGUUUCGCAUCCUCAAGCAGUCAAGCAGAUUGCUAAUUAUCGUGUUGAGAGAUACGGGCAGGCAAUGGCCAAUGCACAGACAGCGUAUCAGUCAUCAAAGAAUACCACAAGCUUUUCAAGUGAUGCUGCAGUCUUCUCUUGGACAAGUGGACGGUAUGGGAAUUGUACAGGGACUGGGCCUUGCUAUGACUACGAGUACCACAUCAACGGUGACAUUGCCCAGGAGUUCGCCAAUUACUGGGUCGCUUCGGGCGACAGCGAAUUCUUCAACUCUUCGCUGUUUCCUAUCUAUAACUCAAUAGCCACCUUCUACUCCGAAGUCGUCACCAAAAACGGCUCGUCUUAUGUUCUGACGAACAUGACCGACCCCGAUGAGUACGCAAACGGUGUCGACAAUGGAGGCUUCACCAUGCCUUUGAUCGCGGACACACUGACCAAUGCAAAUAUGUUCCGCCAGAUGUUUGGGAUGAGCGCCAAUGCAACGUUCGAGGACAUUGCAGCAAACAUCUUCAUCUCACGAGACUCCGGAGCGGGCAUCAUCGACGAGUAUACAGGGAUGAAUGGAAGUAUUGCGGUCAAGCAGGCAGAUGUGGUUUUGGACACAUUUCCUCUAAACUACCAGAACAAUUAUACUGCGCAAGACUCUUUGAACGACCUUGAGUUCUACGCCGGCAAGCAGUCCUUGGAUGGACCGGGCAUGACAUAUGCAAUCUUCAGCAUCGUCGCUAGUGCGGUCGAUCAGGCAGGAUGUUCCUCGUACACAUAUCAGCAGUACUCUGAGCAGCCGUAUGCUCGAGCUCCUUGGUUCCAACUCUCCGAACAGCUCAUUGAUGACUACACCUUGAAUGGCGGCACCCAUCCAGCCUAUCCAUUCCUGACCGGACAUGGAGGCGCGAAUCAAGUCACUGUCUUUGGCUACCUAGGCCUGCGUCUCACUCCAGACUUCACUCUCCACGUCGACCCAUCGCUACCGCCUCAGAUUCCAAAUCUCAAGUAUCGGACAUUCUACUGGCAAGGUUGGCCUAUAUCUGCCGUCGCGAACCAGACACACACGACAGUAACCCGGCUGAGCGAGCCCUUCAUGACCGCGAACCAGACGUUUGCCAAUACUUCAAUACCUGUGCAAAUUGGCAAUAGCAACUCAACCACCUACCAACUCCUACCCAACGGCACCAUCACCCUCCAGAACAGGAACAUUGCCAACAUCACAGCCGUUGCCGGAAACAUCGCUCAAUGUCUUCCCGUCACAUCUCCGGACGACUACCAGCCCGGCCAAUUUCCCAUCUCAGCAGUCGAUGGCGCUGCCUCCACAAAAUGGCAACCUAACCUUUCUAAUACUAGCCAAUCGAUCACUGUCAGUCUAGCUACCCAAGCCUUCCAACCGGUGACCGGUUUCUUCUUCGAUUGGGCCCAGAAUCCUCCCACAAAUUUCUCAGUAGUCUUCCACAACGACUCCACUGUGGAUGCCUCAGCCGUGACUGCGACGAGUCAAUCUAGCGUCCCAGUCAGCAUGCCAUACAAUGCGACGCAGAUCAAUCUCAUCACGCCAUACUUGAGCAAUACGACGAACGUGACGCUGAGUCCGGCGGUAUAUAGUGGGAGCUACGCGACACUGAUGAUUCAGGGCAGCCAAGCGAACAAUGCCACUAACGCAACAGGUGCGACUGUGGCCGAGUGGGCGAUCAUUGGGAGUCAGAACCAGACGCUGCCGGUAGGUGGAUUGGAUAAGAGGAGGGGUGUUGAUGUGAGGAAGAUGUUGAGGGAGUGA